UUUAUUCACUACCAAAUGCACACACUGGUAAACAACUACACCACAAAGCCUGAGCUACCAAGAUGCACAGGAAGCUUUAACGCCCGGGAUCUGCGCUUCUCCCGCACAAUGAUCUUUGCAAUUGAGGAGAUAAACAACAGCACAGAGCUGCUGCCUGGCAUCAGACUGGGUUAUCAGAUCUAUGACACAUGCUCCGCCGUGCCAGUAGCUGUACAUGUGGCAUUUCAGCUGGAAAACGGUCAGGACCCUGUGUUUUACAAAGGAGAUAACUGUUCUCAGUCUGGAGUGGUGGUGGCUGCUGUGGGAGACUCUGGAUCCACUCCAUCCAUCAGCAUGUCACGCAUCAUGGGGUCAUUCAACAUUCCUCUGGUGAGUCACUUUGCCACUUGUGCCUGCCUGUCUGAUAAACAGGAGUACCCGACUUUUUUCAGAACGAUUCCCAGUGAUUAUUACCAAGCCGCUGCGCUGGCCAAACUGGUGAAACACUUUGGUUGGACGUGGAUAGGAGCCAUCCAUUCAGACUCAGAUUAUGGAAAUAAUGGCAUGGCCUCUUUUCUAGAAGCUGCACUUAGAGAGGGGAUCUGUGUGGAGUACAUUGAAUCCUUUUAUAGAAGCAACCCACAAAGUAAGAUCCAAAGAGUUGCAGAUGUUAUCCGUAGUUCAACAGCAGUGGUUGUAGUAGUGUUUACAGCUGUUGGAGAAACGAAAGUUCUGCUGGAGGAACUGGCCCGGGAUCCUCCACCUCGUCAGUGGAUCGCGAGCGAAGCCUGGAUAACUGACUCAAACCUGAUGAGAUUCAGUUUCUGCACAGGGGCCAUCGGUGUGGCCAUUCAGAAAUCUGUGGUCCCAGGUUUGAGAGAUUUCCUUUUAAAUCUCUCUCCCUCUGAAGUUUCUGCGUCCUCAGUUCUCACUGAGUUCUGGGAGGAUGCGUUCAACUGCAGCCUGACAAAAGCUUCUAAACUAAACAAGAGAGUGUGUGAUGGAACUGAAGAUCUAAAAACCCUUAAAAGUCCGUACACUGAAACAUCUCAGUUAAGAGUUUCUAACAUGGUGUACAAGGCUGUUUAUGCAAUAGCACAUGCUAUACACAAUGUAAUAUGUGAGGAAACAAAUGCAACCACACAAUGUAAUAAAUACAUCAGACUGGAGCCCCAACAGGUUUUAACUGAACUAAAGAAAGUGAACUUUUCUCGAAAUGGCUAUCAUGUGUCAUUCGAUGUUAAUGGGGACCCCAUAGCUUUUUAUGAGCUGGUAAACUGGCAAAAGAGUGAGAAAGGUGUUAUUGAGCCGGUAACAGUGGGAUACUACGACGCAUCACUGCAGAGGGGGGAACAGUUUCGUAUCAACAGGAACCUAACCUGGCUGGAAGAUGGCACACAAGUUCCAGUGUCAGUUUGCUCAGAGAGUUGUCCUCCAGGAACUCGUAAAGUGUUGCAGAAAGGAAAACCAAUCUGCUGUUAUGACUGUAUACCAUGUCCUGAAGGAGAGAUCAGUAAUAUGACAGAUGCUCCAGAUUGCUUCCUGUGUCCCAGAGAGUUCUGGCCAAAUGCAGAGAGAGAUGCUUGUUUUCCCAAACCUGUGGAGUUUCUUUCCUUCGAUGAAGUCCUGUCAAUCAUCCUGACUGUAUUCUCUGUUGGUGGAGCCUUACUGGCCAUCAUUACAGCAGUGAUUUUCUUCUAUCACAGAACAACUCCAAUUGUCAGAGCCAACAACUCUGAGCUGAGUUUCCUACUUCUUUUUGCUUUGACUCUGUGUUUCUUAUGUUCAUUAACUUUCAUUGGAGCCCCCUCUGAGUGGUCCUGCAUGCUGCGGCACACAGCGUUUGGCAUCACAUUUGUUCUCUGUAUCUCCUGUGUUCUUGGGAAAACUAUAGUGGUUCUAAUGGCCUUUAAAGCUACACUUCCUGGUAGUAAUGCAAUGAAAUGGUUUGGACCUGUACAGCAAAGAAUGACUGUAGUGUCUGUAACUUUUAUUCAAGUUAUCAUAUGUAUCAUUUGGUUGGUUGUGAGUCCUCCCUUCCCAGUGAAAAAUCUGACCACCUACAAGGAGAAGAUCAUCCUGGAAUGUGCGUUAGGCUCUGCUGUUGGUUUCUGGGCUGUGCUCGGCUACAUCGGCCUGCUGGCUGUGUUUUGCUUUGUGUUAGCUGUUCUAGCUCGGAAACUACCUGAUAAUUUCAAUGAAGCCAAGAUGAUAACCUUCAGCAUGUUGAUAUUCUGUGCAGUCUGGAUCACCUUCAUCCCAGCUUAUGUCAGCUCUCCUGGAAAAUUGACUGUGGCUGUGGAAAUAUUUGCUAUUCUGGCCUCCAGUUUUGGACUGAUACUGUGUAUAUUUGCUCCAAAGUGUUUCAUCAUUUUGAUUCAGCCGGAGAAAAACACUAAGAAAUUUCUCAUGAACAAAAACUAAUCCCACAUUGUCAAAGACUUGAAAACACAAUCACUUUUUAAGCAGAGGUGAUGGCAACUCAUUUUAUUUCAAAAAGUUCUAGAAUUGGAA